AUGGAGCUGCAGCAGCCUUCCAUUCUGGAGAGGAACUUGAGCUGCCCUGUAUGCCAGGACAUCUUCCAGGACCCCGUGUUCCUCCUGUGCUCCCACAGCUUCUGCCGGGCCUGCCUGCACCACGCCUGGAGGGAGAGGGAGAGGGACGCCCGCAAGUGCCCCGUCUGCAUGGAGAAGUGCUCCAUGGAGCAGCUGCCCCGCAACCUGGUGCUGAAGAACCUGUGCGAGGACUAUCUGCAGGAGAGGAACCAGAGGGCCAACACGGAGGCGGAUGCCCUGUGUGUCCUACACGGGGAGAGGCUGCAGUUCUUCUGCGUGGAGGACAGGCAGCUGGUGUGUGCGGUGUGCCGAGAGUCGAGCAGACACCUGGACCACACACUUUGUCCCAUACAGGAGGCAGCACGGGAUCUGAAGGAAGAACUCAGGACAUGGAUGAAGCCACUGAGAGAGAAUCUGACCACAUAUGAAGAAACACAGCACACGCUGAACCAGAGAGUGAAGCAGCUGAAGAUCCAGAUGAGGCACACAGAAGUGCAGCUAGAGAGGGAGUUUGAGGGCCUCUAUCACUUCCUGGAGGAGGAGAAGAGGGCCCGGCUCACUGCGCUCAGGGAGGAAGAGGAGCAGAAGAGCUACAAGAUGAUGAAGAAGAUACAGGAGAUAUCCUAUCUUCUCGACACAGCUGACGCCAUUGAAAGAGACAUGGCCAUGGCUGAUGUUCCAUUUCUAGAGAAAAAUACUUCUACUGUACGAAGAGCCCAGCUAACAUUGUCAGAUCCCAAGAUGGUUUCAGGACAGCUGAUUGACGUGGCAGGUCACCUGAGCAAUCUGAAGUUCAGAGUCUGGGAGAAGAUGCGUAACAUCAUUGAGUACACACCUGUGACACUGGACCCAAACACAGCACACCCAUGUCUCGCCCUCUCCGACGACCUGACCAGCCUCCAACUCAGCCCAGAGAUCCAGCGGCUUCCAGACAGCCCUGGCAGCCUUGACAGCUACACCAGCGUCCUGGGCUCCACGGGCUUCACGUCUGGGACACACACCUGGGACGUGGAGGUUGGGGACUGCUCCAGCUGGGCCCUGGGGGUGGUCUCAGAGUCCGAGUACAUGAACAGGGAGCACCACUCUAAGUUCGCCCUAUGUAUCGGCUGCUCGGACGGUAAAUACGGCAAGGGUACGUCGACAGAACUCCUUACGUACCUCACGCUGAGCGAGAGGCCUCGGAAGGUCAGAGUUCACCUGGACUGGGACGGGGGACGAGUGAGCUUCUACGACGUGGAGACAGGUGGCCAGCUGCACACCUUCACUCACACGUUCACCGGGAAGGUUUUCCCGUACUUCUGCAAUGUCAGCUCUGUUCAAGCACUGAGGAUCUCAGCCCUGAGGCCCUGUGUGAGUGUGUAA